GAUCCGAUCGUCGUUCCGUUUCCUGGAGUGCAGAAAGGACUGCGAGAGCCAGUCAGCAUUGCAAACACACCACGUUACCACACACAGCGACACAGUUGUUGACUCAGAUCCCGACAUGGACAGUUCUUUACAGUAUCUCUUCUGCCGUCGUUGUGGCGUUCAGUUCCAGGAGAAGGAAAAAUUGGAAGAACACAUGAAAACCCACUUCAAAGAGAGGCCCUAUUCCUGCCCUGACUGCGGCAAAAGGUUCAUCAAUGAGAGCUACAUACAAAUCCACCAGCGCAUCCACACAGGCCAGAAGCCUUUCCUGUGCUCCCAGUGUGGCAGAGGUUUCCACACGGCGUCCUCUCUCAAACUGCAUGAGAUGCGGCAUUCUGGCGAAAGGCUGUUCGCGUGUUCCCUCUGCAGGAAGACAUUUAGGAUUCACUCUUACCUCACAGCGCAUUAUCAAACCCACAUUAAAGACAGACCUUUUACCUGUAGUGUCUGUGGAAAAGGCUACUCCAGAGCAGAGGAACUAAAGGUCCACCACAGGCUUCACACCGGCGGGGGACCCUAUCAGUGCGGGGAAUGCGGAAAGAGCUUCAUGUACCGACAGGGUCUGCGGCAGCAUCAGUGGAAGACAAAUCGGGCCAACCCGACAACUUGGCCGACCAAAACUGCAGGCCAGUUUGCACAUCUAACUCCCUAUGCGAAGCAGGGCCUCUCUAGUCUGGUUCCAGACACGCUGGCAGCGCUGGAGAUGGUGCUGAACAGACGGAACGGCGAGGUAAGGUUUCCAACAAUACAGGUGGAUGGAAGGAUGGUGGUAGGAGCCGAGGAGUCGUCAGGACUGAAUUGGCGUGAGAGGGCAUCAGGUUUGGUGUUCCGACUGCCAGAAAUGGGCUCUGAAAACCCGGAUGACUUUGAACCAGCUGUGGUUCUUGUUGAUGAUGAUCAACAAGAAAUAGGCGGCCUGAUAAACUCUGAUGGAGAAGAAGUAGAGUUUGCAGAUCUCAGAUUAAAUGCUCUCUCCGGUGUUGUACAUUCAGAUGUUUCCUCCAAGAAAUCUGACCCAAUAGAUAAUGAUAAACCUCUUCAUAGCUGCUUGGUUUGUGGGAAAGAUUUUCCUUACGCCUCCAAGCUACAGCGCCACCUACGCACGCACUCAGGCGAAAGGCCCUUCCCUUGCUCCAUGUGUGAGAAGAGAUUUCCAGAAAAGGGGCUUCUGAUGAUCCACGAAAGAGUCCACACUGGGGAAAAGCCAUUCCCUUGCACUUUCUGUGAAAAACGCUUUGCAAGUCAAGGCGAGCUCCGGCUCCAUCGGCGGACCCAUACUGGCGAGAGGCCCUACCACUGCUCCAUCUGCCUGAAGAGCUUUUCCCGCCAUUGGCACCUGAAAACCCACUUGGAGGCAAUGCACUCUGAGAUCGUGGAGGGCUUCACCAGGAAGAAGUUUCCUUGUUCUGAAUGCGAGAAGAGCUGCAACUCCGCGGCCGAGCUGAGGGAUCAUCAGAGGACUCACACCGGGGAGAGACCCUUCCAGUGCUCUUUCUGUGACAAACGCUUCGCUUUGUCGGGCACCCUUGUGAGGCACGAGCGCCUGCACACCGGCAUCACGCCAUACCACUGCUCAGACUGCGGCAAGACCUUUGCACAGCAGUGGACGCUGACCACACACAUGCGGACGCACACCGGAGAGAAGCCCUACAGCUGCACGCAGUGCGAUAAAUCUUUUGUUGCACCUGGGGAGCUUCGAAGGCACGUCAGGAUUCACACCGGAGAAAAGCCAUACACCUGCGCCGACUGUGGGAGGCACUUUUCCCUGGCUGGAACUCUGAGAAACCACAAACGCUCAUGCACUCAUAGCAAGAGCGAUCCAGUUGAAGCUUCUGUUAAGGAAUCCACCCAGCAGGACCUCGAAAGCAACAUCAGCUGUAAGGUUCCUGAUGACCAGCAUUUGCCUCGCAUUGAUGAGCCGCCUUCAAUAGAAAGUUUGAACAGCAGCAAAGACGCUGAGUCGGAAGUUCAACACGGAGAAGAAGCAGAAAAAGCAGCAAACAGUCCUUCUACUCCUCAGAUGAAUGUAAUAGUGAAGGAGGAAGAAGAGGAUGAACUUUUAUGUGCAGAGGAAAGUCCACAGCAAGUGUCCGAUGAUCAGAAUGACAGCAUUUCAGAGGAAACCGAGGAGCAGCAUGAAAGCAGCACAGAAAUUAGGAUUGCCGUGAAGGAGGAAGAAGAAGAGCAUGACAAAGUGUCUGGAGAAGAUCCUGACUGCCAGAAAGAUCGUCUUCCAGACUCGCCAGUUCAGAAACAGAGUCACAGCCAUCCAAAGAAGACUUACUGCUGUGGGCUCUGUGGGAGGGACUGCCACAAGAUGUCCGCCCUCCAGAUCCACAUGCGAAUUCAUUCAGGAGAAAAGCCCUAUCAAUGCACCGUGUGUGGAAAACAGUUCACGCAGAAGGGCCAACUUAAAGGUCACUUUAAAGUCCACACAGGUGAAAAGCCAUUCUCCUGCCCCGAAUGCGGCAAGAGCUUCGCUCACUCGGGCGCCAUGAACCGGCACCGGCUCACACACACCGGGGAGCGGCCUUUCCACUGCUCUGUCUGCGACAGGCGCUUCAACCAGUCCGGGCGCCUGAGGGAGCACGAGAAAAUCCACUUCGGGGAGAAGUUUGACUGUCCCGAGUGCGAGAAAAGUUUCACUCGCUCUUCCAGCCUCAAGAAUCACUUUCGGUUGCACACCGGCGAGAGGCCGUACCACUGCGACCUCUGCGGACGAGGCUUCAGCCGCUCACAGAGCCUGAGGCUCCACAGACGCAAACAUCAGCAGGUCCAGAGUGACAUGGACUCCUCUGCUAAUGUGACCAACGAUGACUUCUCACACAGCGACAAUAACUCUCCUGUUAAUAUGUGCACAACAGACAGAAGAGAUUGAUUCCCAUCCAUCCACAGAUCACCAUGAGGUAAAGCCUAAUAAGACUGAGGGAGAGACAUAACAAAGUAAUGCUAGUAAUAACCAUAUUCACUUUUUAGCCACAUUUGGAAAGUGACACUACUCGUCCGUUAGAGGAACUUGCCAUCUUCAUAAAUGUUUCCAGUUAUGACAUCUUCCUCUGCAGUACAAUCCUCACUUUCUAAUUCACUAAACCAGAGUCUGCAGCCCUAACCCACGAGGACAAGCCACUGAAUUUCUCCGUUUCAAAAUGAUGUUGUGGCUAUUUGCUGUAUGUUGUCUUUCACACUUAUUUAAGCUAAAAAUAUUUAAUUUCCAUCACAGUGAAGCCAAGCUAAUUGUUAGAGACAUACUAGAGAACGUGCAGUAUAACUUGAAUUGUCCUAAUUGAUAUUUUCUGCUAAACAUGUUUUUAUAAAGAUCUUAAAGUAGGUGGACAAACCGUAGAGGUCAUAUUUAUUCUGAUGAAUAUUCAACAUUUGUUUUUGACUUUUGCACUCACAUUUAGAAUAUUAUGGUAGUGUAAAUCACUUAAAAAAAUCUGUAAUAUGACAUGGUUCAUGGUGUAUUUUUUUAUUAAAUGAACUGUAUGUAGUCAGUGGACCCAUAACUAAAAGCAGUUCUUUCUUUUUUUUAGCUUUACAGUGACCAGGAACUCUUUUUGAUCGAAUCUAAAUUUUUAUUCCUUCAAAAACGUAAACCAAUUCAAAGGAAGGUCAGAUCAGUAUGCAGUUUUAUUUACUUGAAGACGUGGACAGCGUGGAAAAAGUUGGCAGGUCUUUAUACUUAUAAGUGGACUGAUGUGAAGUCGAGGGACCAGAAAGAUGCAUGGUGCCUCCUUGGCCUCUUAACAGGAUGGUGAGGGUUCAAACCUUCUAUGUAAGGCUCUUUGACUCGCCCCAUAACUUUACAUUAUGUUGACCAUCAAAAAGUCAUUUUUCUGGGUCAUGCCAGAGAACGUGGAGUGGUGGCAUCAUUUCAUCAUUUUAGAGGGGACAUUGUCUAAAUUAGUUACAUUGCCUGAGAAAAAAAACAAUUAUGUAUUUACUUUAAAGAAAGUAACACGGCUGAAAUAAGUCAUUUAAGCCAAAAAUGGUGCAACAAAGUUAAGAAAAAAGAUUUUCUUUGUUAUUUUAUAUAUUUGUCUUUAGUUUUAAAUUAAACUAACAACCAGAAACUUUAGUUGAAUACAUGUAUUGUCUUUACAACAGAUUUACGGCACCUGUUAGUAUGAAUAUUGGAAGGACAGCAAUUUUCUUUUCUUUUUACCUCUGGAUGGUAAAUAAUUGAGUCUCUAACUUUUUGUGUGAUAUUUAAAAAAGAAACUAGUCCCCCAUAAAAGAUGAAUCUGAAUAAAAGAACAAUGUCUUCAAAAUAUUAAUAAAAAAGCUAAAGUUGGUCUAAAUGGUUAUUAAGAGUUCAAGAAUCACCUUUGUUGAAAAUUUAGCAAUAAAAAUGUGUUUAUUUUUCACCCGAAACUGUCACACCUCAGCAAAAGAAAAUCCUUAUUUCUUUGUUCAAUGAAGGAGUGUUAAGAAGUGCAGUGAGAAAACAAACUGACCUGGUUUUAUUAGCUCACAAGUGUUUUUCUUUUUUAUAAAACGAUUUUAAUGGCAAAUUUUGCUCCGUCUGCCUCUGUUAAAUUGUAAUAAAUGUGUUAUACUGAAUAAUAAAAGUUUUAAACAUUA